AUGAAGUUCGGUAAGAAGAGCGUCUGUGUACUGAACGUGGGGGGUACCCGGUACGCCUUCCCUGGCGAGGUGAUCCGUGAUUUCCCACUUCAGCGCGUGAGCCGCCUGCACGCCUGUGUAACGGAGAAGGAAGUCCUCGAGGUCUGCGACGACUAUGACCAGGAUAGCAAUGAAUUCUUCUUCGACCGGCACGCGCAAGCCUUUGUCUUCAUUAUGCUCUACUUGCGCUCCGGAAAGCUCCGAUUCGUCCCGGGAGUGUGCGCGCUCUCCUUUUACAGCGAAAUGCUGUACUGGGGGCUUGGGAGCGCGCAUCUGGAGUUCUGUUGCCAGCGGAGACUAGACGACACCGGUUACUCCGAAGAGGACCUGAUUAUGCGCGCGGAGGACAACGAGUCCCGGAGCGAGGUGGAGGUGGAGAAAGGAUCAGGGUGGCUAGAGUGGAUGCGUCGGACCUUUGAGGAACCGGGGUCAUCGGUGGCGGCUCAACUCCUCGCUUUGCUGUCCGUCAUCUUCGUCAUCAUCUCCAUGGUGAUGCUGUGUAUGAGCACGCUGCCAGAUUGGAACACCGCAAAACACAACACAGUGGAAGAGCACAGGAUUGUGGAGGCGGUGUGUAUCGGUUGGUUCACAGCGGAGUGUGUGGUGCGUUUCCUCGUGGCUAAGGACAAGCUGGUCUUCCUGUGUCGGCCGCUGAACCUGAUUGACGUGGCGGCCAUCACACCUUACUACGUCUCCAUGGUGAUGCCAGGCGGAGCAGGGGGAUUGUCAGGCGUCGCCGGGGUAACGCUGAGGGUUCUGAGGAUGAUGCGUGUGUUCUGGCUGGUGAAGCUGGCCAGACACUUCCUGGGACUGCAGACUCUGGGGAUGACGCUACGCCGCUGUCGUCACGAGAUGGCCACCCUCGCCAUUUUCCUUACCGUUGCCACGGCAAUAUACAGCGCAUUGGCUCAGCUGCUGGAGCAUGGCCUCGACCCUGACCACCGUAACCUUGACGACCGCAGUAACAGAGGAGGAGACUAUGCCAGCAUCCCAGCUGCCGCAUGGUGGGCUGUCAUCUCCAUGACGACCGUUGGUUACGGUGAUGUUUACCCGGUAACGGUUGGUGGGCGCAUGCUGGGCGGGCUGUGUGUGGUCAGUGGCAUCGUUCUUCUGGCGUUGCCAAUCACCUUCAUCUACCACAGCUUUGUUCAGUGUUACAACGAACUGAAGCUCCGCUCCGCUAGGUACACACAUACACACACACACUGA